UCUUCAACAAUUUCUCUUUACAAUUCUUUUGAGAACCAAAAAAAAAAGCGAUUUUUAUCCCUAUCUCUCUUGUCCGUGCUGUUCUUGAAAGUGGAAACCCUAAUUUAGAAAAGGGGAAUUCGCUUUAGAAACCGAAAUUAGAGAGCUGUGGUAAGGUAAAGAAGAAGAAAGAUGUCGUACAUGUUGCCUCACUUGCAUUCGGGAUGGGCCGUUGAUCAGGCCAUCCUCGCCGAAGAAGAACGUCUCGUUGUCAUCCGUUUUGGCCACGAUUGGGAUGAAACUUGUAUGCAGAUGGAUGAAGUGCUGUCGUCAGUUGCAGAGACGAUAAAAAACUUUGCUGUGAUAUAUCUUGUCGAUAUCACAGAGGUGCCUGAUUUUAACACUAUGUAUGAGCUGUAUGACCCUUCCACGGUCAUGUUCUUUUUUAGAAACAAGCACAUCAUGAUCGAUCUUGGCACCGGAAACAACAACAAGAUCAAUUGGGCUAUGAAGGAUAAACAGGAGUUCAUUGAUAUUAUUGAGACGGUUUAUAGAGGUGCGAGGAAAGGUCGUGGACUUGUCAUUGCCCCCAAAGAUUACUCCACCAAAUAUCGUUACUAAAAGUAUCAAUCUCUCUAUUGGGAUAUAGGUAUUUCAACUAUGUUUUCAUUCUGAUCCAAAGCCUACUUUAUUGGGUUUACCCUUUGUUAAGUGUGUAUAACUCUCAUUGAACUAUAUCAGGUUACACAUCUAUUUGUAUCGAA